GCUCUCUGAGAGGAAAUGGAAACAGAUCGGUGUCGUCAAGAGCAUAAAAACCCUGCAGGAAAGCCAACAGAGCCCGAGGUAAGAGAUGUCAUUUCUGAGUCUGCUGACAAGGACAGUCACACCAAGCCUCUCUGUCGGCCUGCAGAGGAAAGCAAGGGUUUGUGUGUGAAAGAUCCAUCUGAGACCAAAAGCCCUUCUCAUCCUGAGAGAGUACGUGGAAUUGCAGAAUGCAAGAAACACAAUCUGAAAAAAACCAAUAGCUGGAAGAUGGUUCGAUUCCAGGACCCGUCAAUGGAUGAUGUCGUGUCGGAGAGGGACAGCUCGGCGGAGAGUCUCUUUCCAGAAUAUGUGAUUGAGGAGUGGACCUCCUCCACUUUUGAUAAGCUGUUCAUGGCAGAAGACUGGCAGGACAUCACAGAGGAUCGUCUGUUGAGAAAGAAGGUGUUGGAGUCCAGGGGCCAUCAUGCACUGCAGCCUACCUGGGGUCAGGAGGUCACUGUGAAGAUGCAAUGUGUCCUGGAGGACCGGACUGUAGUGGAGAAGGACUGCAAGCUCGUCUUUGUUAUCGGAGAGGGAGAUGUAAACCAGGCCCUGGAGGAGUGUGUGAUGUCCAUGCAGAAGGACGAGAUCACGUUACUGUUGGCGGAUUCCCAGUAUGCCUAUGGACUUUUGGGAAGGGAGCCUGAUAUUCCAGCUUGGGCUCCUUUACUCUACCAGCUGCAGCUGCUGGACAUCAGAGAGAAACCAGACCCCUUCACUCUGCCUGUCGCCGACCGCAUUCGCAUCGGCAACCAGAAACGAGAGCGAGGGAACUUUCAUUUCCAGAGGGAGGAAUACAGCAUGGCUGCCAGAGCCUAUUGCAUGGCUUUAGAUGUGCUGACCACACAGAGCAGAGAUGGCAGUGAUGUCGGUGUGAAGGCAGAAGAGGAGGAGGUGAAGGACUACAGAGUGAAGUGUUUAAACAAUCUGGCCGCCGCUCAACUCAAACUGGAGCAGUUUGACGACGCUCUGCGCACCAGCCAAGAUGUCCUGACCCUGGAGCCCAACAACGUCAAGGCCCUUUUCAGGGCUGGGAAGCUCCUGUCAGACAAAGGUGAAUACAAAGAGGCCAUGGAGGUGCUCAAAAGGGCCUUGAAACUGGAGCCAACCACCAAGGCGAUCCACGCAGAAUUGUCUAAACUGGUCAAAAGGCAGUCCGGAGGGAAAGACAUUCAGGGGUGGAAACCGAAACCAGCCGAGACGCUCGGGGACAACAUCGCACCUUUUCUGAUUCCUUCUAGGAAAAGAGAACGAUCUGGACUCUCCUGGAAGUUUAUACUGGGAGCUCUGGUUGUGGCCUUGGGCAGCUUAGUGACGUCAAUGGUUCUGACUGCAAGAAACUGAAAACCACUGCAGGGAGCUCUCAAUCCUCAACGUCAGCAUCAUCCUCUUCAUCGUGUGCAGGUUGCAGGGUUUGGUCUCCUGUCCUCUUAGGUCAGUUAAUCUCGUAAGAGUUUUUUGACUGAAGGAUUCUCACACUGUAGAAAAAAUGGAUCUCUGAAAGAGGUUCAGUAUUUAGUAUAACUGUGAAUGUACAACAUCAAUUCUUCUAUAACAGGAGAGAUUUCUGAUUAAGUUUUUAUAAUUUAUAUAUCCAAUUGUGUGUCUGUAUUUGAAGGGAAAAGUUAUCACAGGGAAAAAAAAAAAAGUCAUUUUGUUUGAUAAAUUACCAACUGAAGUUGAAACUGCAAAGUUGUAUUUCUCACGAUGAUGCUUAAUAAAAAAAAUGUUUGAAAAAAAAA